AUGGAGUUUGAGGACCACGAAGAGCAAGAAGAAGAGAUGGGUUUGGCCCCCAGUUAUGACUCGCUUUUUAACUCAUCCACAGUCAAAAUGUCAGGUGUUGAACCGAGUUCAGCAACUCCAACAGGUCAGCAGCAGCAGCAGAGGAAGCCCAGCUAUAGGGAGUGUUUGAAGAACCACGCCGUGGGAAUCGGCGGUCACGCUGUCGACGGUUGCGGUGAGUUCAUGCCGGCUGGAACUGAAGGUACCCUCGAUGCUCUCAAAUGCGCAGCUUGUAACUGUCACCGUAACUUCCACCGUAAGGAAUCGGAGCUUCCCACCACGGACAUCUACUUCCACCACCACCAGCUACCUCAAUUCACGCCUUACUUAGAGAAGCUUCCCACCACGGACAUCUACUUCCACCACCACCAGCUACCUCAAUUCACGCCUUACUUUAGAGAACCAACGGGUUACCUCCACGUGGCUGGACAGCAAAGGCCAUUAGCUUUACCGUCAACCUCGGGACACAGCCGGGACGAUCAAGAGGACGGUUCGAAUCAGGGGAGCUCAAGGAAGAGAUUCAGAACAAAGUUUACGCAAGAACAGAAGGAUAUGAUGUUGGCGUUGGCUGAGCGUUUAGGUUGGCGUAUUCAAAAGCACGAUGAAGAGAUUGUUCAACAGUUCUGCAACGAAACUGGGGUGAAAAGGCAUGUUUUGAAAGUCUGGUUGCAUAACAACAAGCACACUCUUGCUUUAUUUUAAUGUGGAUGUGGGUUUAGAUAAUGGAGCAUCGAAGCAAAGUGGAGA